AUGAACAAUAAAUUGAUGUUUUUUCUCUGUCGUACCUGCGGAGAAAACAUGUUUAAUGGGGAAUGCCUGCACACCGAAGAAGACCGCGCGCUAUCGGGUACCUGGGUAAUUGAUGAGUACAAUAUCGAUCAGAAAACUGGGGGCUUAUUCACAGAAAUGAUGAAUAAGUUCAUCAAGAUCAAACAAGAGGCUUCAGGGUGGCCCGGAAAUAGUGCAUCUGAUAAGCAAAAGAGCAAGUACAUCGAAGAAUUUUUCAAUCGCGAGGGCAUUAAACUAGAAUUCGACGCAAUUUUAAAUAAUCCGGGGCUUAGAUUUAACGACCCUAGAUACGGUGACGUAUCUGAAGAUAUGCAGCUGGGACAAGACGGUGCCCACGUAGCGAGAAACCCGGAGAACUCAGCUAUACUCGCUUCUAUGAGUCAACCCGAUGAACUCAGCCCUGCUGAAUCCAACCCUAGUGGGUUGGACUUACGCCUGCGGGUCAUUCUGCUGGACUUAACCCCGCAGGACUCAACUUUCCGCGUCACCCUGAUGAACUUGCUCGGAAGGAUCAUCCUGCUGAAUUCCAGCCGGCUGAACACAGUCCUGCUGGACUCAACCCUACUGGGCUCAUUCCUGCAGUCCAUUCCACUGUCGGGCGCCUUCCUGUGGACCAUAGUUCGGCUGACCAGGACCGACCUACUGGUCGCCUUGAUUUUGGUGGAGAUCCUUCGCUGGGACAUGUCAAUCCUGCGAGUUCUGCUGUCCCUGUCGUCGGAAGAGGUUUAUUGGCGGAGUCAAAUCUCGACGACAGAACUCGUUUGCAAAUUCUGGAUCAGGAACUUGCGCAACUAA